AGGGUCUGGGAGGGGCGACAGGUCCCAUUCCGGAGCUGCCAUGAUUGAAGUGGUAGCAGAGCUGAGCCGAGGUCCUGUGUUUCUGGCGGGGGAGGCGCUGGAGUGUGUGGUGACUGUCACCAACCCCCUGCCCCCCACGGCCACUUCUGCAUCCAGUGAGGCUCUGGCCUGGGCCAGUGCCCAGAUCCACUGUCAGUUCCAUGCCAGUGAGAGUCGAGUAGCACUGCCUCCCCCAGACUCCAAUCAGCCAGAUGUUCAGCCUGAGAGCCAGACUGUCUUUCUGCCACACCGAGGUGAGAGGGGUCAGUGUAUCCUUUCCACUCCACCAAAAAUCCUAUUCUGUGACCUGAGGCUAGACCCUGGAGAGUCCAAAUCAUACUCCUACAGUGAAGUGCUGCCCGUAGAGGGACCACCCUCCUUUCGAGGUCAGUCAGUUAAGUAUGUCUACAAACUGACCAUUGGCUGCCAGCGUGUCAACUCACCCAUCACUUUACUCAGGGUCCCUCUGAGGGUUCUUGUGCUAACUGGCCUUCAAGAUGUCCGGUUCCCCCAGGAUGAGGCUGUGGCCCCCUCCAGUCCGUUCUUGGAGGAGGAUGAAGGUGGGAGGAAGGAUUCACGGCCGGCGGAGCUGGCUGGGGAGCGCCUCAUGGCUGCCACGUCCUGCCGCAGCCUCCAUCUAUACAAUAUCAGUGAUGGCCGAGGAAAAGUUGGGACAUUUGGCAUCUUCAAAUCUGUAUACAGACUUGGCGAGGAUGUGGUGGGGACGUUAAACCUAGGGGAAGGAACUGUAGCUUGUUUGCAGUUUUCAGUAAGCUUGCAGACCGAGGAGCGUGUACAGCCUGAGUACCAGCGGCGCCGUGGGGCAGGGGGUACGCCCUCUGUGUCCCAUGUGACUCAUGCCCGACACCAGGAGUCCUGCCUACAUACAACCAGAACCAGCUUCUCUCUCCCCAUCCCUCUCAGCUCCACCCCAGGCUUCUGCACAGCCAUUGUGUCCCUGAAAUGGCGAUUGCAUUUUGAAUUUGUAACAUCCCGAGAACCAGGUUUGGUGCUCCUACCUCCUGUGGAGCAGCCAGAGCCUGUCACCUGGACAGGGCCUGAGCAAGUGCCUGUAGACACCUUCAGCUGGGACCUCCCCAUCAAGGUGCUGCCUACAAGCCCGACCCUGGCCUCAUAUGCAGCCCCAGGCCCCAGCACCAGCACCAUAACCAUCUGAAACUGGCCCACCGCAGCACUACUUUCUUCAGGAUACUGAGAGUUCAGCACCUGGACUCUAGUAGGGCCCAUUUUUUCCACCUGGGGCCCAAUGGCACGGACAAUAAGAAGCAGGCUUUCAGCUGUAGCAUUAAUUUAUUUAUUCAGAAUAAAUUGGCAGCUGCUAGUGGUUUCCCUGGAA